UCUGUCUGCAUCUGCUCUCCUUGGGGACUGUGAAUGUGGGUCCCCGCAGACACCCACAUCAAAGUGCUGGGAUGAGUUCAGUUGCUCGGGUCAUGGAGACAAUAACUCUUAAGGCUGCGGGUUCGAUCCCCGCACGGGCCGUUCACUAAACAGUUGGACUCGAUCUUUUUAGGUGUAGUUCUGAGGCGGCCCCAAGAGCCCAAAGAAGUGUGGGGAUAUGUGGAGGUUCGGAGCAAGGCCCACAUGUUCUGGUGGCUCUACUAUGCAAAUAACCCAACCAAAGACUUCACAGAGUUACCUCUUGUCUUGUGGCUUCAGGGAGGUCCAGGAGCUUCAGGCUGUGGAUAUGGGAACUUUGAAGAGAUUGGUCCAUUAGACAAAGAAAUGAAACCAAGAAAUACAACCUGGUUGCAGGCAGCCAGUAUCUUGUUUGUGGAUAAUCCUGUGGGCACUGGAUUCAGUUAUGUGGAUGACUGUAGCUUGUUUGCCCAAAACCUUACCGCAGUAGUUUCUGAUAUGAUGGUUUUUCUUGGAGAAUUCUUCAAGUGUAGAACAGAAUUCCAGACCAUCCCAUUUUACAUAUUUUCUGAAUCUUACGGAGGUAAAAUGGCUGCUGGGGUUGCUUUGGAGCUGCACAAAGCUGUUCAAAAAGGGACCAUAAAGUGCAAUUUUAUGGGGACUGCUCUUGGAGACUCAUGGAUUUCACCUUUGGACUCUGUGCUGUCCUGGGGGCCCUACCUUUACAGCACUUCUCUCCUUGAUGAUAAUGGUCUAGCAGAGGUGACUGCUGUUGCCAAAGAAAUAAUGGAUGCAAUAAAUAAAAAUCAAUACGGGCUGGCUACUGAGCUAUGGGGCAAGGCUGAAGGUGUCAUUGAAGAGAACACAGACAAUGUGAACUUUUAUAACAUCUUGACUAAGGAGGUUCCAGAAGUGAAAUCAGAUGAACAAGAAAAUCUCCAUCUCAUGCGGCUUUACCAGCGCCAUGUCAGAAAAAUGCAUCAGAACAGCCUCGAUGAGCUGAUGAAUGGGCCCAUCAGAAAGAAGCUGAUGAUCAUUCCUGACUGUGUGAAGUGGGGAGGUCAGUCGAGACAGGUCUUUGAGAACAUGGCUGAGGACUUCAUGAAACCUGUCAUCGAUAUUGUUGAUCAGCUUUUGGCAGCCAAUAUCAGUGUUACAGUCUAUAAUGGGCAGCUGGACCUCAUUGUUGACACCAUGGGCCAGGAGGCCUGGAUCCGGAAACUGAAGUGGCCUGAUUUGGAGCAGUUCAGCCAGAAAAGGUGGAAGGCACUGUAUGUGUCUCCAGAAUCUACUGAGACAGCUGCUUUCCACAAGGCCUAUGAGAACUUUGCUUUCUUCUGGAUUCUCAAGGCUGGGCACAUGGUGCCAGCUGACCAAGGAGAGAUGGCACUCAAAAUGCUCAGGAUGGUGACUCAGCAGCAGCACUAGGGGAGGGGAGGUCAUCUGGUCUGGCUUCCUGUCCAGCACCAGGGCUCUGGAGAAGUGUGAUUCUGGAUCCUAAGCCAAAGGAGGCACAGUGGCUGUUUUGACACACAGCCUCCCUCAUCUUGCUGAUACCGUGCACAAGUGCUUGUGGAAAGGCAUUUUUUUCCUUGAAUGAGUUACUGCUUUUGAAUUUUUAAGCUGUGAUUUGCUGCCUUAACACUGUUCAUAAAUGACUCUUGCAGAGGGAAGUCACCUGUCAUAAAGAACAAACCCUGAACAUUUGCCUUGGAAGGAUUUUGUGCUCUUGCCCUUCCCUGAAUGCACCCUUGUAUGUCUGCACACCAAGAGUAAAACUGAUUUGACUUGAUUUGCUUUGUGUUCCUCUGGGAGAGGUGACCUGCUCCAUGAGGCUGUGGAAUGUUCCUUCCUUUGUCCUAAGGCUUGAGUCACCUGGCUGGAUUACAAGCUCAAGACUGGAAAUGCCAGGACAGAGGACCUGCCCUAGAGGAAUCACAGUUCAUUUCAUCUUGCUGAGGUGCCUGAAUUAGGAUCCAGGAUUCUUCACACUUCCUUUGCUGUGGAGAGAGAAAAACAUCCCACAGAGGAGGAUUUGUCCCUUUUCAUCUGACCAUUUGUUUCUUGUUUCCAUUUUUCUUAAUGCCCACUACUCAAACUUUGCCUUUAUCCUCAACACCUAAAGCGCAUCCAGCAGGAAUUCCUGCUUUUCGGUAUCCUGAAGGAGAAGGCCUGUUAAUACUCUCUUGUACCAAAGAGUCCCAACAGACAGGAGCCUCUUAAAACCUUCUGGGUUUAGCCAGAAGGAAAGGAGCAUUAUUUGAGCAAUAACAGCAGAAUUUUGAAAGAUAAUAGGAGUGUUUAAAAGAAGGAUAUACAAAAUCUUGAUCCAUGUUUUUUAGAGAUUUUUUUAAUGUCUUGCAGAGACCUAUUAUUUUGAAACAUUUUAUAAUACAUAGUCAAGAAGAGACUUGGUCAGACAUCAUUUGACUUCUGCUAUGGAGCAUGAAGUAGUUGUUUCUUACUAGUGUCUGAUAGGAGGCACAACAGCUGUUUCCAGCUGUCAGAAUCCUAAAUAAAUAGCAACCUCUCACUUACUCCAGCCACUGAAACUGUAAUGAAAUUCCUGAUAGCAUUGUCUUAGCACGAACUAAGGCACUGUCCUGGUUGAGGGCAAAUUUGGGAGGGAACUUCAAAAGGGUCCCUCUAGAAAGGAGAAUCAAGCCCUUCCCUCUACUGGUUUGGGAAAAGAUUUCCUUGGAGAAAAGUGAAAAAAAACUUUGUUUAACAAACAAAGUAUUCACAAGCACAAACAUUUAAUAUUAUUAAACAAUAAAACCUCUUGCUGUUCUGAAGAGAUGGCAAAUUCAGAAAGUCCUUGUUGUGGGGUGUAGCUCAGCUUGCUCAAUCUCUUAUCAAUCCCUCCUGUGCUGGAAAAUGCCACAUCCCAGGCCCCAGUGGGCCACAGGUGUGAGCUCCAGUGUUUUCAGUCCAGAGCAGGUUUGAACAGUUCCAAGAAAAAAAAAAAAAAAAAAAAAAAAAAAAAAAAAAAAAAAAAACCAAACCAAAAACAACAACACAGUCCAGGGAACUUCAUUGCCUCAGGUAGCUGAAAAAAAAAGAAAAAAAAAAAAAACCACAACUAAAAAGCAAAGGAGAGCUCUCUCCCAUCUGUGCUGCAGACAACACAGUCCAGGAGAGAAAAUUGCUGAAGCUCUCUGUGUCUAUGAUUUGAUCACAACUGCCUCCAUUUCACUGCUUCACUCUCAGAUCUAGUUUUAAAGGUGCAAAACUGACUUCUGGGCUGAAUAGACAAAUGGGGAUACAAUUCAGCAUCAUAAAGCAAUACUAGGACAGGCACAAAGCUGCGUGAGCACACUUGCAAUCACCCAGCAGCUGCACUAUUGGCACCUAAUAAUUGCUUUCCUUUUUCAAGUUCCCUACUUGCAUUCUUGAGAACUUUAGCAAUGCAAAUCCAGAUUUGUUUUUUUAAACACCUUUUUUCAAUAAAUAGGUCUAAUUCAUCUCUUUUCAGCAUCACAUUGAUUUCACUGCUUGAAAAUGACAUAUUUGCUGUUUUGGCUUUUAGGUGAACAAGGGGAAGUUGCUACCAGUGUGUAAAUUUGCAUAUCUGAAUUCUUUGAAUAUUUUUAAAUAAUUUGCCUAGCAAAUCAGUAUGGUUUUGCCUGGGAAAUAUGCUGGUUUGGGCUGUUAUAAUUUUCUUCCUAGUAGAAAGUAUGGGCUGUGAUUUGGAUUUGUGUUGGAGAUUGUUGAUAACACAGGGUUGUUCUAGUUGUGGCUGAACAGUUCUGACAAGGCCUUUUCUGCCCUCAUCAGACCCUACCAGUGAGGGGUCUUUGGAGAGCACAAGGAGUUGGAGGGGACACAGCCAGGACAGCUAACCCUAACUGGCCAAAGGGAUGUCCCAGGCCAGGUGAUGUCAUGCUCAGCUGGGGGAGAAGAAGGAAGGGGGGACACUGGAGGUGAUGCUGUUUGUCUUCCCAAAUAACUGCAUGUGAUGGAGCCCUGCUUCCUUGGAGACAGCUGCACACCUGCCUGCCCAUGGGAAGUGGUGAAUGAAUUCCUUGUUUUGAUUUGCUUGUUGCCUAUUAAACUGUCCUUAUUUCAACACA